AUGAGCUUAGUACAGCCAAGUUCACCUGCUAAUGUGAACGAAAGAGCCGGUAAUGAUCGAUGGAUUGAACAAGUGGAACACGAGGAAACCAUAGCUCCAGAGGCUGUUAAUGAAGAGGAAGUGGAGGAUUAUGUCGAGAUUGAUGGUAUUGUUGAUGAUCAUAGCAUGCAGCAUAGCGUACUUUUACCAGGAAAUACCAUAAAUCCUGGAACACUCCGUGACGGUAAGUCUUCUUUUUAA